CACUCAAACAUAUACACGCGUACACACACACGAGUUUACACAUUACGUUAUAGAUAUGCAUAUGCAUGUAUAUACAUAUAUAUAUAUAUGCGUAUAUAUACAUAAUAUAUGUGGGAAACGUUCCGAAGAAAUGUAAGCGAAUAUGAGCAACAAGCCACUUAACGCUCUUAACCAAACUUGAAAAACAUUCAUUCACUUUAUAAUGAUAUAGUCAUUGUUUAAAAUCUUCAAAGGGUAAGCGAAUAAAAAUGCCUGUAAAGGAAAAAAAGUGCUUCACUAUAUCGCCUAACAACAACAAGAACAACAACGACAACAACAACAACAACAACAACAACAACACCGAGCAUAAUUAAAUUAUAGGCCUUUAUGUGAAUUAAAUUGUUUAGUGAAAGUUAAGCAAAGCAAAAAGUGAAAACUGCACUCACUCAAACACUUACUUUCUGAAGCGUCAUUCAUUAAAACAGCAUUCAACAAAAACAUGUAAUGUUUACAUAUUACGGCAAAAAACAAAUACUUCCCUGUGCAUAAUAAACGUAGCGAAACGUAGCCUUGUUCUUUUCUUUUCAUUUCUCUGCAUAUCAUGGAUAAUUAAAUAUUUAUUGUUUCUGUAAAUAAGUUUGCGUUGCGAAUAAUUAUGACUUAAAACCUUGCCGUUGUGCUGUGGACUUAAUCCGCCCUCUAAACAGUAAUUGAAAGCGAUUUCAUAAAUAAACAAAAGAAAGUUACAUAAGUAAUUAUUAAAAUUACACCUAGGGCAAUAUUCGGUCACACCGAAAGCUUAUACAGUUCAACAAAAUGGAUUACUGGCUAUUUAUGGUUGCUACGCUACUUUUCACUGAUAUACAACGCGUAUGGAGUUUGUUUGUGACUGAUUUAAAUGUGCCGGAAAUUGUUGAUUUUCGUGAUAACGUUACAUUAUCGUGCAGCUACGAUAUGAGCGGCCACACUUUGAACUCUGUCAAAUGGUAUAAGGAUAAAAUGGAAUUUUUCAGAUAUUCACCUAUGAUGCAUCCGGUUUAUAUAAAAUUUCCGGUUGUUGGUGUGCAAAUGCCCGACGGUAAAUACUUUUGUAAUGAAUCAACGUGUCGUGUCGAGUUAAGUAUGCUUAGCGCCAAGUCAUCAGGUGUCUACAAGUGCGAGGUGUCGGGCGAUGCGCCACAUUUUCAACUGGCAGCCAAAGAGGAUAAUAUGACCGUAGCAGCGUUACCUCAAAGUGAUCCUUUAAUUGAAAGUUUUAAUCCAAUGUAUCGUAUGGAAGAUUUUCUAAGCGCAAUCUGUACCUCUGAUUAUUCGAGUCUACCCACGAAACUGACAUGGUAUAUUAAUGGGGAGCUUGCUUCGCUAAGCGAACUGCAACCGAAUGUAGAUACAAGCAUAUCAGCACAUGGGUACAUAUUGCGACGACAAAAAUUGCAAGUACACUUUUACCUAAGUGGCCCACGAUUCUUUCAUGCCGGUAAAAUUUUACAAUUAAAAUGCGUGGCAGAAAUAGAAAACUAUCCGGAACUUAUACGAGAAACCUCAUUGAAUGCAGCUUUAAUACCAUAUGACAACUUAAAUAAUCAAAUGUUGAUUCAUGCUGGGAAUAGUGGCGGAGCCAACACAGAUUUUAAAGCUUUAAAUCAUCGUCACACAAUCGUUAUGCAUUUCACAGUUGCUGUGAUAUGUGCGACCGUGUUGUAUACGUGGAAUUUAUGAUCUCUGCCAGGUAUUGUUCUCAAGUAUUAAAUAAAUGUAAUAAAAAUAAUAAGUGUGAGGAUGAAGUGAGUGAGUGCAUGUAAAACGUAAUGAUCGAUUAUAAUACUUGACAAGCAAUCGAUGGGGACGGCAAUCAUCAGUUACUAUAUAUCAUACCUUUAGUUAGUCUCUUCAAUAGAAUGUGAACGGUAAAGUUAGAGAACGGGCCGGGCCGGGCCGGGCCGGCCAUUUAACCGUUUUAAAUUGAAAUAGAAAUGUAAAGAGAUGUUGUACAUAAAUAAAGCUAUGAACGAAUGAAAAGUUCAUAAAUCGAACACAGAAUCUAAAUCCACAGCAUACCAUAAUUAAUAUCUGAAUUGAUGUGUACUUAGUUGUAAUUACGAUACGUUCUGAUCAUAAAUUUAAGUGUUUUAUAUUGAUGUGUAUGUGUGAACUUUUAUUAGAUAUUAUUAACAUUAUAAUGUAAACACAUAAAAACGAACGGUUGGUGAUUUAAUUUUUCCUUUUAAAAAUCGAAAAAUUCAAUUCAAUGAUAUUCAACGUAAGCUCAGAGAUAUUUCUUCUUUCGUACUACUAUGAGAAAAAAAUAAAAAAUAAAAAAAUAAGAAAAAAAAAUGCCUUUUUUUUUUUUUGCUGUGGUUUUGAGAAAACAAACACUUGCCAGAAUGCAUUUCAGUUUUAAUGAAAGUUUAAUUUAAGACUUUAAGACAAGUAAUUAUUCUUAACUUCUUUUUUUUGUUAUACAAAGCAACAAAAACUACGCAAUAAAGGAAAACCAAAGACAUCGAUUUCUUUAGCAAAUAGUUCGUACUACAAAGUUUUUUAUAUUCGAAUUUUUUUUACAUACAUAUGUUAAGCUUUUACGUGAACUCAAUACUUUUUUGAUAAAUUAUUUUUAGAAAAUUUUGAAAGAAUUUGUCCAAAAAGUAUUAAGCUUCUUACUUUAUAAUAACAUAAAAGACUUAGAGUUCAAGCUAACAAAGUCCAAAUAUCUAUAGACAUCACCCUUGAUUGCUUCGAACGUUAAAGCGAUUAACGGCAGCCGAAGUGCAAAGAAUUUCCUGAUCCUUAUACCGGAAGUAGCGGCACAAAAAAAAAAGAUU